AUGAAAGUCUUCUUUACUCUUUCUCUUUUACUAGCAUUAUUCUAUACUGCUACCAGCAAACCACAUUAUAGUAGCUCUCGGUGUGUCAAUGUCUGGGAUGAUGGUUGCACCAACGGACAACUGCCGGGUGCUGGUGACGACGAUGAUUAUUUGAACGGUGGUUUUAAUCCGGGAAAACGUUGCAUAAAUAUGUGGGAUGAAGGCUGUGUCAACGGACAACUUCAAGGCUCAGGCGGAGACGACGAUUAUCUGAAUGGUGGUUUUAACCCUGGGAAAAGAUCUCUGGGCGAAGUCUUAGCAAAGUUUAUGAAACUUCAACGCUUGCGCCACCAUUAA